GCGUCGUGGGCCGCGAGCCGGAUUUGGUGGUCGCCGGGUCUGGUGGUCGCCAGAAGGAAGAUCCAAUUUGCUGUGUGGAGAAUGGAUUGGAACAAUGAAAGGCCGUGCAGGAAUCCGAUGUAGAAGCCCAGUACUUCCAUAGGCCAGAAGAUCUCCUGGGAUGGAAUCACAGAGGUCGGGAGCUGCCAUGUGGGACCCAGCGCCACACUGAGGGACCCGGGCACGUGGAUGGGGACCCGGAUGGGAGAAGGAAGAGACCCCUGAAGGAACUGACAUGGGACAGCAGCCUGGAAACAGGAAAGGUCUCCCCCACAGAGAAGUCCCCCGGGGCGUUGGGCUGUUGCUGGCCAUGGCCCUCAUGAACGUGCUCCUUUACCUCUGCCUCGACCAGUUUGUCGUUUCCCCUCGAUCCGCGGAGGACCCCAGGCGCUGUCCCCACGGCUCCUUCCGGAUGGGACGGAUGAGAAACUGCUCGCCCUGGUUGUCCUGUGAGGAGCUGAGGACCGACGUCAGGCAGCUGAGGCGCGUGGGGGAAGGGGCCGUGAAGAGAGUCUUUCUGUCCGAGUGGAAGGAACACAAAGUGGCCCUCUCGCGGCUCACCAGGCUGGAGAUGAAGGACGACUUCCUCCACGGGCUGCAGAUGCUGAAGUCUCUGCAGAGUGAGCGCGUAGUCACGCUGGUCGGCUAUUGCGAGGAAGACGGCACCGUUCUUACCGAAUAUCACCCCUUAGGUUCCUUGAGCAACCUGGAAGAAACGCUAAACCUUUCCAAGUACCAGGGGGUGAACACCUGGCAGCACAGGCUCCAGCUGGCCGUGGAGUACGUGGGCAUCAUCAACUACCUGCAUCGCAGCCCCCUGGGCACGAGGGUCAUGUGCGACUCCAACGACCUGCCCAAAACAUUGUCCCAGUAUCUUCUCACGAGUAACUUCAGCAUCGUGGCAAACGACCUGGAUGCCCUGCCCCUGGUGGACCACGACUCUGGGACACUUGUGAAGUGUGGCCACAGGGAGCUCCAUGGGGAUUUUGUGGCACCGGAGCAGCUGUGGCCUUACGGAGAAGACACGCCCUUCCAAGAUGAUCUCAUGCCCUCCUAUGAUGAGAAGAUUGACAUCUGGAAGAUUCCGGAUGUCUCCAGUUUCCUUUUGGGGCAUGUGGAAGGGAGUGAUAUGGUCCGAUUUCAUUUAUUUGAUAUCCACAAGGCAUGUAAGAGCCAGAUCCCCGCAGAAAGACCCACGGCUCAGGAUGUUCUGGACACUUACCAGAAGGUUUUACAUUCACUCAGAGACACGGUGACGUCUCAGUCAAAAGAGAUGCUGUAAAGACAGGCCACUGAGUGACGGACUCGACGCCUGAGUGGCAUCCCAGAUCUUCUACUCUUGAUGGAAGCGCUUUUGUGAACUUCGUGUCUUGUUGACUUUGGUUGUUCAGCCCACGCAGACUCUCCCCUGCGUCUGCCUGUACAUCAGAGUGUAUACUGGUCUCCUGGCAACCUGGAUAGAAGUUGCCAAGCAGGGAAAACCUUGCUUUGCCAUGCUUCCUGGUGAAGAUGCAGAGAAUCUGUGGAUCUAACAGUGUUUGAAGGGAGUGAUGGACCAGUAAUCAUGAAGACACAUUGCCUACCCUGGUAACCAUGUUUAAGACUGGUAGGAAGUGGAAAUCUUUUAAUGACCAUGUGUGAAAAAACAUACACUAGUUCUUCAGGGAACAUUUUCUCCUAAUUGAAGAAGUCCUGUCGGAAGCUGGAUAUAUAUAGCUCAGUGGCCGGGCACCUGCCUGGUUCUGUGCAAAGCCCUGGAUCUGACCCGUCACAUGCACGUACACAUACUCAAAGACCAUUUUGGGUGUCUGAAGUGCACCGCUUGUCAGGGAGGUCAUUGUCAGUGUGGGGAAUGAUUUUCUGUGAAGCUCCCAUGAUGUCUUCUUCCACUUUGUUAUGGCAGCAGGCUGUUGAGAUUGUGAAUGGCUAGGAAUGUUGGGGCCAGCAAGUUGAGGGAACCUUCUUGCCUGCCUUGGUUGGUGCUGACCUGGGGUUUCUGUGUGAACGUUUGAUAUCCACUGUCCCUCUUCAAUAGAAGGUGUUGCAUCUCCCUGGGUUUGCACAACUGAAUACAAAAAACAAAACAAAACAAAAAACAAAAAAACCUGGAGCCAGGAAUGAUGGUACACACCUGUAAUUCUAGUGCUGGGAGACGGAGUGGAGGAACUAAGAGUUCAGGGCUAUCAUGGGCUGUACCAUGACCCUGCUCAUCCACACAACCAACACUCCACCCCCCAAAUAAAAAAGGUCUCUCCCA